UAUUAUUUGUAUAAUAAAAAUAUAAUUAUUAAUCCUAAUAUUAAUAACUGUAACAGUAGCAAUAAUACACCAGUAUUAACUUUCAAUGAAACUAUAUUUAACUCACAGUUUUUUAUAAACUCAUUAAAUAAUAAUAAUUGUUCAAAUACAAAUAUCAACUGUAAUAUAAAUAACACCAAUAAUUGUAAUAUAAAUAACACUGACUCUAUCAGUGAUAAUAACAACACCAACAACAAUACUAAUAAUUCAAACCAACUCUAUACCGAAACAAAAACCACAAACCAAACUAAAAACUGCGAAGAAAGCGAUUCCGAUAAUGACCAAAGUGAUACCGAAAGCGAGUCAGGCUCCAAAAUAACCUCUAACAACAAUAUCGAUAAUAAUAUUAACAACACUAAUACUAAUAAUACUAAUAAUAUUAUAAACAAUAACUCUAUAUUUAUACCAAAUGACCAAAAUACUGCCAAUGUAAAUCAAAAUAUUCAAUUUGUACCAUUUGAUAAUAAUAUUAAUUACUAUAAUAACUUUUAUUUAAAUCAAAUGCAAUAUCAUAAUUUUAAUAAUAAUAAUAGCUACAAUUAUAAUAUCAAUAAUGAUUACAUUAAAAGUAGUUUUAUCGCCAAGAGCCCAAUAAAUACAAAUACCUUUGUACCAUUUUAUCCACCACUAUUUUAUUAUCCUGGUGUUCCAUAUCCAUACUAUGUACAUAAUAAUGCAAUCCCUCUUAACCAACCACAACCAUUUUCUCAAAUAUUCGCACCAAACUCUCAGUCAUCAAUCCCAUCUCCACCAAUUUCCAAUAAUAAUAUUAAUAAAAGUGAAGAUAAAAAUGAAACAUUAAAUAAAGAUACCAACAUAAACAAUAAAACUGAAAAUAAUAAUAAUAAUAAUAAAAAUAAUAAUAAUAAUAAUAAUAUUAAUAAUAACAACACUAAUGCUAUUAAUAAUAUUGAUAAUAAUAUUAAUAAUAACAUUAAUAAUAACAUUAAUAAUAACAUUAAUAAUAAUAUUACCAAUAUUAACAAUAGUAAUAAUAUUUUAACUAAAAAAAAGAAAGUUACAAAAAAACAAUUAGAAUUAGAAAGAAAACUACAAAAAAAAAUAUUAUUGGAACAAAGAGAAAUGGAGAGAAGAGUUUAUAUCGAAAAAGAUUUAGAAAAGGUCAGAGAAAAGAAAAGAGAAAUGGAGAAAGAUAAACUAAAUGAAAAGAGAAAAGAAGAAAAUAGAGAAAAAAGAAUUAUUAGAGAGUUAAAAAGAAAAACAAAUUUCGCGAUGGUUAAUGUAAAAUAA